AUGACCGCCAGCACCUCAAUCUCCGUCGAUGCCUCGGCCCAUCCCGUCAAGGUCGUCACGGUCUUCCAGUCAUCGACGGCUGAAGUCACGCGCGCGUUGACUCUUCAGCUGCAGGCCGGAAAGAACGUCGUUGAAAUUCUCAAUCUUUCUUCUUUGAUGGACCUCGACUCUCCUCGGGUCCACGGCCUAAGCCAGGGUGUCCGUGUCUUUGACAUCACAUGCUCCAACCGACUCAAGGACGCACCUGGACCCCCCGCGUCGAGACGGGCGGAAGAAUUGAAACGCCUUCACGCCAAGAAGAAGGGGCUCGAAGACGAACGCGGUUUGCUCGUCCAGCAGAGCGAGCUCAUCAACGAGACCGGCGCGGCGAUCGCCAAGAGUGGCAAGGACCAGACAUUCGACCUCCAGUUCGUCGAGAAGCUGACACAACGCAAGCGCGAGAUAUUGAAGGCCACUGCGCUUAUUUCCGAACGACUAGCAGAGGUCGAGCGCGAGCUGUGGACGGUGAAGAACACGGUCAAGGGCGAGACCAUAGCGGUUGUCACUGUCACGCUCAUCGCGCUGCACGAAUGUUUGCUAGCCAUCCAACUGACGUACCUGGUCAGCAAGGUCAGCUGGAUGCCGUACUAUGACCUGUAUGCCACGACGUCUGAAGGCAAGACGUCGUCGGAGAUCUCAAUGGUGUACAGGGCCAGCAUCCGGCAGAGCACCGGCGAAGAUUGGGACGACGUGAAGCUCACGCUCAGCACUGCAAACUCGCAGACGCGAAGCAGCCUCUCCGUUCCGACGAUCGACCGCCUCAAGCUCUCCGCUCUGCGACCCCCACCCGCUCCUGAAUACCGAUCACACGCCCCCAUGGCAAUGAUAGCCCCAAUGUCAAGGAUGCCCGUGGGACGCAAGAAAAUGGCAGUCAUGCCCACCGAACCCGAGUCGCUCCCCGACGUGUCGGUCAUCGACGAAUACGAAGAGGUGCCGGCAACCACACUGGACCGCAGCGCGCUGUCCCUCUCGUACCGCGUCGAAGAGGUGGUGACCAUCGCCAGCGACGGCCUUGCGCACAAGGUCGCCAUCGCACCGCUCACGUUCACCGCGGAGCUGCGCUACGUAUGUGUCCCGAAGAAGACCCCGGCCGCGUUCAUCGAGGCGACCAUCAAGAACACGAGCGAGUACGAGCUCCUCGCGGGUCCCGUCAGCGUCUACAUGGACGACGGGUUCGUGACCAAGACCUCGCUCGGGCUCAUCGGUGUCAAUCAGAGCUUCGAGUGCAUCCUCGGGGUCGACACCGCGCUGCGGAUCACCUUCCAUACCCGGUCUCAGGUGGAACGCGAGGCGGCGCGCAGCUUCGCGGAGCCGUUGAAGACGACCACGCAGACGGUGACGACGACGGUGACGAACAGACACGCGUUCGACGUCGUCGGAUUGGUCGUCCGCGACUCUCUUCCGCUCGGAGACAGCGAGGAGAAGAUCAAAGUGAUGCUCCGGAAGCCAGCGGACCUGGCGCAAGCGCGGGACGGGCAAGAGGUGUCGGUCGCUCUGGAGGGCGAUGUGUCGGCUGUGAAGGUGCGAUGGUCGAAGGUGGAGGAUGGGAAGGGCGGGGAGAAGGACGGGAUGUACGAGUGGGUGUGUAGGGUCGCUGAGGGCAAGAAGGUGGAACUGGAAGCGCAAUGGGAUAUCAAGACGCCUGCGGACCUGCAGUGGGAGGAGAGGGUUGAAGGGAAGUGA